CCCCGCCUUUGAACCAGCCCCUGCUGGUUCCAUGCACAUCCCUACACUACUGCUUGGGAUGGCUCACAACAUUUAUAAAAUAGUUACAAUGUAAAAUCAGACUAAUAAAUUAACCAAAUUAAGCUAAACAAGUUAAAAAUCCAAGCUAAAACUACAAUCAGAAUUACAGAUUUUCAAAUUUCAAAUUAAAAGUCAUUUUAAAAGAAUUGUAAUGACUAAAGAACCUACCAGAUAUAACCUACCAGAUAUAAGCAACAGUUGAAACAUUUAAAAGGCUCUUUAAAAAGAUGUGUUUUUAGUUGUUUUUGAAAAACACUGAGGGAGGGAACAUGGCAAAGCUCUGCUGGGAGGGUUUUCCAGAACCGAGGGGUCAGAACCGAAAAGACCCUGAGGUGUUUCACACAAUGUGAAGCGCCUUACCGGGCUCUGCGGGGACUGCUGGCUUAGCCCGCUUUCCCCACAGAUGAUCAAGCCUGCAGCCCUUGGUGACUGGUUCAGCCACCCACACGACUACCAGCUCUGUUACGGAGCCGGAGGGGGCUGCAGGGAUCAGGGGCCACGUGGCCCCCGGAAGUUCCAAGAUGCCCCGCACGAGUGCACAGGGUAUUCUGGGGGGACGUCCAAGACCGGGAGUCUGCUUGUAGCCACUGUGCACCGCGAUGGCAUACGAGCAAAAAAACAAGGUUAACGGAGUGCUCAUGAGCAGGCCUGAGAUGAUGAGCGGAGGGCUCUGGCAGGUUUAUAUGGUCAAAUGCGGUCCAACAGAUACCCCAGCCCCAAGCCGUAUAAAGCUUUAAAGGUCAAGACCAGCACCUUGAUUCUAGCCCGGAAGCAGACCAGUAACCAGUUAAGCUGUCUCAGAUUGGGUGUGAUAGCCAUGAAGCAACUUGCACCCACAAGCAUCCUUGUGGCAGCAUUCUGCACCAGCUGAAGCUUGCAAACCGUCUUCAAGGGAAGCCCCAUGUAGAGUACAUUGCAGUAGUCCAAUAGAGAUUCUGAUUCUGAUGUGCAUUGUAGGCUCCAUUAAAGAUAUUUUAUCCCUGGCCCCUUGGGAACUUUAGUAUGUUUACAUUCUGUUUGCCUUAACUGAUAUUUCGACUGAUGAUUCCUGAAUUUCCAUUUUAGCAUUUGAUGAAGCAGUCAUUGCCCAUGAAAGCUAAUCUUUGUUUGUAACAAUAAAACAUAUAUUUAGUUAUGUCUCAAAGUGCUACCCAUUUUUUAUGGAUUUAUCUGAGGCUGCAAUUCCAACCACACUUACUAAGGGAUAAGCCCUAUUCAUUAUUUGAAAUUAUUAAAAUUAAAUAUUAAAAAUAAUUGAGCUCAAUAAGACUUAUUUCUGAAAAGAACAUGCUUAGAAUUGCAUAUGCCAUUCACUAUGAUGUUCAGCACUGUUCAACUUUGCAUGGCGUAUAACUCAGAAAAGAAUAGAGAAGGGGAUGAUCAAGAAUAUAGGAUACCUUCCAAGCAAUGAAAUAAGUGGUGAAGGACUAAAUUAGUAGAAAUGUUCAGGUUACAGAAGAGUGCUAAAAUGAUUGCUAAUGUGAUCAUGAGCAUAAACUACAGUAGUCAAGAAACAGCAAAAGAACCCAUAGAUAUUGGAUUCACUAUGAGCAAAGAACAACCCAAGGUGAAUCCAAAGUAAAUUUUUCAGUGUAGUUAGAGAUACAGACAUAUAUCUUCCACAUCUAAGACCACCGAAAUUAAUUAAAAACUAUACACACACACAGUUUUUAAUUAUUUUCUAUGGACUUAGAUGUGGAAGAUAUAUGUCCGUAUGUAUUUUUGAGUUGUAUGUAUUAUUAUUUACUAUCUAUACAAUCCCAAAAUGGAGUUAUAUUGAUUUACUCACUUUGGAUUCACCUUGAAUUCAUUCAUAGCUACAGUAGUGCCUGGUAGUGCACAUGCACUACCAGCCUCUACCAUUACUGUGCACUACCAAUGCUGGUAGCUGCACUGCAUUCCCUACUGUUUUGCUUACACAGGGUCACCUGCAGAAAACACAUAGAAACAUUUUGUUUUUCUUCCUUUCAGUCUAUCGAUUUUAGUUAGCCAGAGACCAAAAAAAAAAAAAAUCUUUCUUGUAGCCCUUUUCUUUGGGUAAGUAAGUGGGAGACCCAGAGUCCCCAAGUCCUUGUCCAUCAAUUAAACCAGCCAUGGGGUUGAUUCCUUCUAGGAACUUUGUUCCUGUCUCUGUGUAUUUGAGGGAUGUAAUCUCCUAUUGGCUGUAAGGAUAACUUUGGCCCCACCUACUCCAACGUGGUUUGAUAAAGUCACAUCUUUGUCUUCCUCAUUUUGCUCUUUUAUUUGGAUUAAAUACAGCCAUACUGUGUCUGUUUCUCCCUGGCUGAAAUGGCUUAGAGAAAACAUAACCUGUAAGUGUUCUUACAAAUUAGGCCUGUACAGCUAGAAGCUAAAUUUUGGAUUUUUACUUUCUUAAAUGCCUGGUCUUUUCCUCUUCCCCGAUCCAUGUUCUAAAAUGUGUAAUAAAACCAUUUUUAAAAAUGUAUUUUCACCAUGUAUGUGGGGUCAGUACAGUAGAAUGUUUGAAUGCUCUGAAAGGAGUUUCUCCUCACACAUUCUUGUUUGGCUCAAACAAUUUCCCCUGAAACAUGAAAUACAAAGGAAUAUUAGCUGUGUCUCAUCUGUAUAGAUGGGAAGACCAGGGGCCACUGAUACCAAAUGAACAAACCCUGAGAGACUAGUUCCUUGUAACUUAGAUCUUUAGGAUGGUAUUAAGCAAUGGUGGCAGGAAUAUCCCAAUGAAUCUGGAGAGACACAGGGUGGAUAAUGCCCAGUUGGCCCUCUCCCCACCAAAAUUAUUACACGAAUAUGUUCAGUGGAGUUUUGUAGUUUUGUUUAGUUUAGUUUAGAAGAAAUUCUGGACAUCAUACUUCUUGAUUACCUACAGAUAGCAAAUGUUGCAUUACAAUCCUGGCACUUAAAUUAGCUGAAUGCACUACUUUUUACACCAGGAUAUGCUGGGGGAAAGGUUUAAACAAUUUUUAUUUUUAGGCUACAUUCGGAAUGUCAUCAUCUUAAUCAUAUUUUAACUGUUAUUCUUCUCAACUGAAUGUAACACUCAAUAGUCAAACCGAUAAUUCAAAAACAACAUCAUGCCCAAGAGAAGCAGAAGACCCUUUUCAGAAUCAAAUUUACAAUUAUUCAAAUUCACCAUAUAUGGUUACCCGAGUAAACGUCCUACUCCUCGCGGUUGCCGCUGCGCUCUUUGCCUCCUUCGCCCGCCGGAGCCCUCCUGCCAGGAUGGUGGGAGGGAUUCCCGUCCAAGGGCUGCGCGGGAUCGACAGGCUGGAAAGCUGAUACCAGUCGGAGAUACAGCUGCAACAUGUCUCACUGAAAUCUUACCUCAGCCAAUUACUCCACCUGUAGUGAAAAAGUUUCGAAACACCAGCACUCCUGCUCCUGGAGUAGAAAGAGUUUUUUAUGGCCGAGCAAAUGAUCCUGACAUUGCAUCACAUUUGACACAUGGUAUAAAAUCCGUUCCUUCAUUGAGUGUCGCCUCAUUGGCCAAUCCACCUCCCAUAACGUGCUUUCAACAAAAACGUAAAGAAAAGAAAGAAUCUGUUUAUGUGAGGAAUCGUGAAGCACCCCUUGGAAAGUCCCAUGACCAGACAACAAGAUUACCUAAAGGACUGGAUGUGACCAACACCACAUUUGGAAUAACAACUCUCAGGGAGGGACCUGGUGGAGAUGUUAUCAAUCCAAGAAAGACAUUUGAUGAAGUUGAUAAGGAAGCACAAGAAGGACAUGAAUUGUAUAUUAAAUCACAUAAUGAUUAUUAUGUUGGAGAACCAAUGAAUAGAAAAUAUGACCCAUCCACAUUUCACAGAUUUAAUCUUUAUGGAAAAGAAACACCACACUAUAAUGAUGGUCGAAAUGUAGCUAGAACUUUACGCUGGUUCCAUGAUCUGCAAAUGAAGAAAGCAGCAAAAAUCGUGCCCAAAAUAUGUGAUGAUUUCAAGGAAAAAUUUCAGCCUCAGCUUGGGAAAGUCCUUGAUCCCAUAGCGGAGACGCUCAAUGUUCCUCCAGACCAUACAUUUGGAAUUCUACUUCGCCCUGAUGAAUAUGGUGUCGGGGAUCUCCUUCAUCAGAGACUUCCUAGUGAAUGCCUUCGAGGUAAAGACAGAGAGCGAGCUGUCUUUACUGCAGUUCGGCAGGCUCUGAAGAAAGCUAAUUAUCACAAUUUUGAAACAUUACUACAAGCAUUUAGGCAUUAUGAUAAGGAUGGUGAUCGGAAGAUAAGCAAGGAAGACUUGAAAAAGGCCUGCUUUCAAUUUAAUCUGGAUUUGGAUGAAGAGCUCUUGGAUGCUUUAUUUAACUACUGUGAUUUGGACAAAAAUGGUUUUAUAGACUAUCUGGAGUUUGUGAACUUUCUUAACUGGAAAGACAAAAUGUCCCUUAAGGAAUAUGAAGAAAAAAUAAUUACAAGAGGCAAAAGGACAGGUCCCUUUGAUCUCAUCCCACCAGGAGGAUCAGAACCUGUAGCAGACGAAGAUCCUGUGCUGAAACCUGAAGACAUUGUAAUCAAGGAACCAGGCAGUUCAGAAAAAACACCCAGAACACUUUCCAGACCAACAGAUCAUGUGUUUUGUGACUAUCGCACAACUUCUUCUCAGUAUAACGCAGUCGUAGGAGGCAUUCCCUCGUCUUAUUACCCACUAUAUGGUAUUCCAACUAUCCGUGCAGAUAUUCCUGCCCCUCGAUUUCGACGCAUCAGUGACAUAACUAAUUAUGGCGAUCAAGCCGGUGCUUAUGCACUGUUAUAUCCUUCUAUAUUUAGCAACAAUGGAGUGUAUGAGAAAGAUGUCUUCAAGACAAGGUCCAAAGAAGAGAUUGCACGUAUUUUGCGCAACAUUGGUGUGAGCCUCUCAGAUGAAAGUUUUGAGGAAGUGUGGAGGCAGGCCAGCCUGAAAGAUCACAGAGGAGAAGUCUGUGUCGAAUCCAUCCGAAAUGUACUGGAUGAAAUGCAGACAUCGCACAUAAAAAGCACAAGUUGCACAUAAAAACACAAGAUUUCCCUUUAUGAACUUGAUUCUCCCAUUAUGACCUUGAUUGCAAACAAGGAUAAUGCAAUGCAUAGAAAUAUGUUCAUUUAUUGAAAAUAAUAAAGCAGCCUUUUCAAUUUUGAUGGAGAAACAUAUUUUAAAUGCCUAAUAAACAUCUCCAAUCUC